UGCCCAGUCCUGGAGAGGUUUGCUGUCGCUGCUUUUGAUUGGUUGUCUGGUGAGACGAGCCUUUCUGGAGUGCAGGAGGAGACUUUGCUUGUGGGAACCGAGUUUCAGCCUCCCUCUGCCUGGGUUGACCUCUUAAGUGUUUAGCCCUGGAACCGUCAGCCGUGCCUCCCCAGCAUAUACUGACUUCCAGAAUGGAUGGAGGAGGAGGAGGAGGUCGGAUCCCGUACGAUGAUUACCCAGUGGUAUUCCUUCCUCCCUAUGAGAGCCCCCCGGUGUGGAUCCCCCCUCAUGAGAGAAUCUACCAUUCGGAUUAUAACAACGAGCUGACCCAGUUCCUGCCGCGCACAAUUGUGCUGAAGAAACCCCCAGGAGCUCAGCUGGGUUUUAACAUCCGGGGAGGAAAAGCUUCUCAGCUGGGAAUCUUCAUCUCCAAGGUGAUCCCGGAUUCAGAUGCCCAUCGAGCCGGACUGCAGGAGGGAGACCAAGUCCUAGCUGUGAACGAUGUGGAUUUCCAGGAUAUUGAACAUAGUAAGGCAGUGGAGAUCUUGAAAACCGCCCGGGAGAUCGUCAUGAGGGUCCGUUUCUUCCCUUAUAAUUACCAGAGACAGAAGGAGAGGACAGUUCACUAGAAACCUCUUCUCUGCACACAAAGUUCACCAGCCUCCAGCCAAAUUGAUCGAUGGAUUGCUCUCUCUCUCAGUUCUGUAUACGACUCGCACACCUUUCACUUUUCUUCUGCUCAGAGUGGGUGAUGAAUGGGGGGAGGCGCUCAAGCAUCACUUUCCAAGGAGACGGCAGGCUUCCGUUUCUUCACUUUGUGCUGCAGCUACAGGGACUUGGGGGGGCAAAACUGAGACUUCAGUCUAUUCCUAGAGCUAGGAACAAGCUUUGAAUUGCACUAAGAGUGCCAAGAUCUAGGUGUUUUUUCUGCAUCCUGCUUUUCUUCUCUAUAAAAGAGGAAAAGCAGAAAAUAAACUCCAGAAGAAGCUGACGAACAGUUUUUAAGCUGGAGCUUCCUUUGUGCAGGAAGGGGGCCUUCGGGAGUCUCUGUGGGCACGGGUCGCGGUAUUGCACACUGCUGCAUUGAGUCUCCAUGGAAUGGACGCUUUUUCAUUCACUUUACUGACAACUGCAGAAAAAAUUCCAGAUGGAUUGAUGCCCCUUCCACCUCUUCUGUCUGUACUUUCAGGCCCUCAAAUAUUGCUGGGAUGCUAGAAUUAAUAGUUCCCAUAGAACCCUAGAGGAGGGUUAUUUGUUUGUUUUGCAAAAGAAGUUUCUAGUCCUCAUUGUCAAGGAUGCCCUCUUCUGCUAAAGGACUGGGUGGGUACAGCAUCUUCUGCGGGGAAUUUGUUCUUAAACACGGCUCUGCCAUGUUUUAGUUUCCUACCAGUGUUAUAUUUGUCCCUGUUUCAACAGUCCUUGUUUGAGAUAAAUAUUCAGAUUUCGUACACACAAA